AAGCCAGUUGAAGCUGCGAGUCGCGUGCUGUGUGUGAUAUCGUAGCGGAGCGUUUCUGCAAAAUCGAAAAACUCGAAUUCUCAACAACGAAGUUCCCUAUCGAAUUGCCAUCUAUUCAUUCUUUCAUUCAAUUCUUUCGCAAUGCAAACUCCCGAUGACGUUCGCAACCUUCCCAUCGACAUCACUUUCUCUCGUCUGGGAGAAUGGUUGGUGGAUCGCAAGCGAGUGCCCGCGGAUUGGCGCAAGCGCGUGGCGGCGAUCAGGGCCCGAAUUUCCAAGGAGUUCCCCUCUCUCCCUAAGGACUCUGACCCCUUUUUCCAAACCCUAGACCCCGAAGGGAUUGGUUAUUUGGAGGCUAAACAGAUAUAUGAUGAUCUCUUAAAGUCUACCUCGGAGAGCAGGAACAUAUUUGGUCGCUUAUCAGGUGCUGCGGGUGCGUGGGAAGCAAUUGUGCGGUCCUUUGAGAAGGAUCAUGUUUUCCUUGGUGAGGCUGCGCAGAUUCUGAUUCAAAAUGUGAGCUAUGAAAUCCCUUAUCAGAGGAAACAGGUGCAGAAGAUUCAGCAGCAUCUGUUAGAGCUAGAUCGCAAGGAGGCUGAUAUAAAAAGAAGUGCUGCGCUUUCGGCCACCAAAUAUGCUGAAGCUUGUCAGGAGCUUGGCUUACAGGGGAAAAAUGUCAGAGUAGAACUCUUGGAGACAGCACUAUUACUUCCGAGCACGUUUAGCAAAAUUCUGGAUGUUGUAAACAGUGACAACUUGUCAAGGGCAAUUGAGUAUUAUUCCAAUUUUGUCAGGGAUGCUCACAUUGAAAAGGAUAGAUCUUUGGGAGACGUACUACAAAACUUGAAGAAUAUGCGCGAAAAUCCCCCAUCUUUAAAUGUUGCUGUUGACUCUGAGAUUAUUAAUGAUGUUAAUGUUCAUUCAAGCAAAAAUGGAUUGGAUCCUGCAAUAGCCAAUACUGAAAUUGCUGUGCCUGACAUUGACUGGGAUAUUUCUGUGGAUAGUUCACAACUUGAUUGGGACAUUGGAACUGUAGAAGAAACAGAGGAUAAUGGUAAUGGAUUGGGUCCAUAUGAAAUCAUUAAUGCCUCUGACAUCGGAUCUGAUCUAACAAUAUCAAACCAAGAAAUAGGAUCACCUGCAGAUAUAUCUUGGGAUAUUAGUGUGGAUACUCCUCAGGUUGAUGUCAUUGAUGAUGAUAAUGCCCCAACUGUAGUGCUGGAGAAUCAGACUUCUCUUCCUGAUUCCCUAUCUCAAUUGACAGGAAACAAGGAAGAAAGGAGCCAGCUUUUAGAUACGGAGUACAGAAAUAAAAUUCUUGAUGAUCUGUAUGAGAUGAAAUCCUUUUUAAAUCAACGGUUGGCUGAAUUGAGGAAUGAGGAAACUUUGUCCCUGCAACAUCAAGUCCAGGCAGUUGCACCCUUUGUACUACAGCAGUAUGCUGCUGAUGCCAUUGAAACAAUGCAAAGUGAUAUUUCUUUGGCAAUUUCAUUGCUGACAAAUAGGAAGACAAGGGAUCUGAUUAUGAUUCUCAACUCCAAAAGAUUUCUAGAUAGACUAGUCAAUUCAUUAGAAGAAAAGAAACAUCAUGAAGUCAAGUUGAAAGAGGGGUUGAAGGACUUGGCUGCUAAACGUAUGGAACUGCAAAAUUCUUUAUCUUCGUCAUGGUCAAAGCAAGAUGCGGCUGUGGCAAAAACAAAAGAGCUGAAAAAACUAUGUGAGAGUACACUUUCAUCCAUGUUUGAUGGGAGACCAGUUAAUAUAAUUGGAGAGAUCAAUGCUAUUUUGACUAGUGGACUUGGAGCAUGAGGAAGAGAAAUUUCCUCCGAUGAUGAUCAAGCCUUUAGGUGGAUAGUGGCUGCCAAAAUAGCUUAAGAUAAAUUUCUUUUAGUUCUUAUUUUUUAUAUUACCUGUUCAUUUCUGACAAACAGUGCUUUGACAAUGCCAAGGGUACAUGCGCUGAUAAUUCUCACUGAAUGAAGUAACUUUUGGUACUUGGUCAUUCUGCUGUUGUGUCCUUGUUGGUUUUACAAGCCGAGGAUACCACUGGAUACAAUUUUUUUGGCUUAUUAUUUGUAUUAUUUUUUAAUUCCAA